AUGGGGGAAAUUAAACUUUUGGUUAGAAGACGAGCUGCGAUUAAAACUAAAUUAACUAACUUUUGCAAAUUUAUAUCGGACCCCGAAAAUCAGAACAGAAUUGCUGAGAUAGAAGAACGAAUAAGUGCAAUCCAACCUUUGUUAAAAGAAUUUGAAAAUAUCAAUUUAGAAAUUAUAGAAACCGAUGAGUCUCAUGUUAAAGAUGAGGACUCAUUCGAGUUCGAAAAUAAAUAUUUUAAGGCCAUCAGCGAGGCCAAACAACUUAUUCAAAAAAAAGGUAUCGAAGUAGACACAGUUGCUCAGGCAAAUUCGAAUCAAAACAAACCCGAUUCUAUCUCCAUCAAAUUGCCUGAAAUUUCUAUACCGGCUUUCAGUGGUGCAUUCACGGAAUGGAUCAGUUUCAGGGAUUGUUACAAAUCACUUAUCCAUGAUAAUCAAAGUUUAAAUCCAGUUCAGAAAUUCCAUUAUUUGCGAGGUAGUUUGACAGGAGAUGCACAAAAAACAAUUAGUCACUUAGCACCAACCACAGAUAAUUACUUGUCAGCAUGGGAUUUACUAACGGAAAGAUAUGAGAACAAACGAAUUAUUAGUCAGCAUCAUAUUAGAGCAUUAUUUUCACUACCACAUAUCAAUUCAAGAGACUCAAAAUCCUUACGUUCGUCCUUACAGAUCGUUAAUUCUAAUAUCAAGGCUUUAGAUGCUAUAGGGCGUCCCACAAUGCAAUGGGAUGAUUUGCUUGUUUACUUAAUUUCUAGUACAUUUGACGAGAGUACCACUAUCGCUUGGGAAAGUACAUUAAAUAGUACCAUUCCAACUACAAAAAAUAUUCUCGAUUUUCUUACGCAACGAUGUCAAAUGUUUGAAUCUUUCGAACUAAACCAAAUGAGCAAUAAAAUGAAUACAAAUAGUUCAAACAAACACAAAUCUUACCUCCACAAUAAUCAGUUCAACAAUAAAUCUGCAAGCCAUAUUGUAAAUGUGUCGCAGACCAAUCAGAUUACGUGCAACUAUUGUAAAUUACAACAUAAUAUUUUCAAUUGUCAAAGCUUUCUAGGCUUAACCUCUGAACAGAGAAUAAGUGAAUGCAAAAAACGUAAACUUUGUAUUAAUUGCUUACGUAGCGGACAUAAGGUAGAAAACUGCAAUUCGAGCAAUUGUAGAAAAUGUAACCGUCGCCAUAACACACUAUUGCAUGUAGAUCUUAAUCAAAAUAAUUCGCCACAACCCUCCUCGUCAUCGAUGAGUAAUUGCGCUCAAAUCUUAAAUAAAAAUGUUGUUUUAUCAACAACACAACUUUUAGCAUUUGGGGACGACAAAAUUCAGGGUAAGCAAUUUCGAGCCUUAUUAGACAAUGGAUCAGUUUCAAACUUUAUAACAGAAAGGGCGGUGAAAAAGCUAAAUUUGCGCAAUAUUCAUAAUAUCCAAUUGCCUCUCAUUGGCAUCGGAUGCAACUCUUCAGUAAUUAAUCAUGCCGCAACAAUUCAAAUUGCAUCCGUAUGUUCGUCAUUUAAAGCAACAUUAGAUUUUUUGAUAGUUCCAGAAAUAACGGGAAACGUACCCAACUCGUCAUUCCCCACUUUACAAAAUUUACCCGAUAACAUAAAAUUAGCAGAUCCGUUUUACAACUUAUCGCAGCCCGUGGAAAUUCUUAUCGGUAACGAAAUAUUCUGGAACAUUAUUUGCAUAGGACAAAUCCGCAUUCACCGACACGGGCCGGUUCUUCAAAAAACACAGUUUGGAUGGGUUAUUGCGGGAGUAUUGAAUAAUUUCAACACAAACACUUCAACUUCUUGCAAUCUUUCAAAUACAGAUCUUGAUGUACACCUCAAAAAAUUCUGGGAAUUAAAAGAAGUGACAAACAUAUCCGACCCAGUUUUUCCUGGCGAUAAUCGCGACCCUUGUGAAAAGGUAUUCAUCGACACUUUCACGCGAGAUUUAUACGGCAGAUUUCAGGUGAAACUGCCCAUCAUAAACGAACCUCCGGAUUUGGGUUCUUCGAAGGAAAUUGCACUAAAAUUAUUUUAUAAUCUAGAGAAACGUCUACGAAAAGAUCAUAAUUUGUUUGAACAAUAUUCAAAAUUCAUGGCUGAUUAUUUAGAUCUAGGGCACAUGACCCAAAUAAAUUAUCCUGACGAAUCAGGUUAUUUUGUAAGCCACCAUCCCGUCUACAACGAAUCUUCCCUCACAACUAAAUUAAGAGUUGUAUUUAAUGCAUCUUUGAAAACAACUAACCAUAAAUCAAUUAACGAAAAUCUUAUGGUUGGCCCUAACCUACAGCAAGACUUAUUUAGCAUUCUAAUUCGGUUCCGAAUUCACAAAGUUGUAAUAACCGCGGACGUAAAAAAGAUGUACAGGCAAAUAUUGGUGCACCCUGAUCACCGCAAAUACCAACAAAUAUUUUGGCGUUUUAACUCCACUGAUGAGGUAAAGGUUUUUGAAUUAAACACAGUGACGUACGGAUUUGCGAGUUCAUCAUAUUUGGCAACUAGAUGUUUGCAAGAGUUAGCAAAUCUCGAAAAACAAAACUUUCCUGAAGCGGCAAAUAUAAUUUUACGGGACUUCUAUGUAGAUGAUUUAAUUUACGGGGCAAACGAUAUUAACCAUGCAUCUCAAAUACUAAACGACAUUAAGGGAAUUUUAAGCAAGGGCGGGUUUGAACUGCACAAAAUUAAUUCAAAUCAUUUACCUUGCAUAGACUCCACCUCAACACCGGGAAUCAUAAACCUUGACAAACAAGCUGCAGCCAAAACAUUAGGACUUUUUUGGAACAAUUGUAAUGAUACCAUCCAAUAUUCGAUCUGUUUAAAAAAUCCUAAAUGCCAUAAAAUAACAAAACGGGGAGUUCUGAGCACCAUUGCUCAAAUUUUUGAUCCAUUAGGUUUAGUAGCACCUGUCACAGUGACCGCGAAGAUCAUAAUGCAGAAACUAUGGUCACUCAAACUUAAUUGGGAUGAAAGCUUACCAGCGGAACUACACACUUUGUGGUGCGAAUUUUUAAACGCAUUUCCGGAAUUAACCAAUAUUUCAAUCCCUCGGCAUGUAGUUACAAACAAGCAUCAAAUAGAAAUUCAUGGUUUUUGCGAUUCAAGUCAAAACGCAUAUGGCGCUUGCGUGUAUUUACGUUCCCAGAAUCCCAGUGGGAACUAUGAAGCACGAAUUUUAUGCUCAAAAAACCGAGUUGCCCCUUUGCAAACACAGACCAUUCCCAGACUUGAACUGUGCGGCGCAGUUCUCUUAGCUAGAUUAGUUCAUAAAGUUAAGCAAGCCUUGAUGUCCAGGAGUGUCAUUACUGGACUGAUUCCACUAUUGUGUUAG